GGUCCCUCUUAAACGUCCGCUAAACUCCAAGGUCCCCACCGCUAAACGAACCCCCUGGAGAACUUCACCUAGAACAAUUCCAUCCCAUCGAAACGUCCACCGUUUUCACCACUCGGAUCGCGAUAAAUCGCGUCGCUUCCUCGCAGGCCCCCUCCCGCAAAUAUGUUGUCCUUCAUAUUAAUACAGAACCGGCAAGGCAAGACGCGGCUCGCGAAAUGGUACGUGCCGUACAGCGACGAGGAGAAGAUCAAGCUCAAGGGGGAGGUGCACCGGCUGGUAGCGCCGCGGGACCAGAAGUACCAGUCGAACUUCGUGGAGUUCCGCAACUACAAGAUCGUGUACCGGCGGUACGCGGGGCUGUUCUUCUGCGCGUGCGUGGACACCAACGACAACGAGCUCGCGUACCUCGAGGCCAUCCACUUCUUCGUCGAGGUCCUCGACGCCUUCUUCGGCAACGUCUGCGAGCUCGACCUCGUCUUCAACUUCUACAAGGUCUACGCCAUCCUCGACGAGGUCUUCCUCGCCGGCGAGAUCGAGGAGACUAGCAAGCAGGUCGUCCUCACCCGCCUCGAACACCUCGAUAAGCUCGAGUAGUAGCUCUCCGACGCGGCGAGGGUACGAUAUAUAUAUAUGACAUGGGAGAAGGAAAGAAAGAAAGAAUGUGCGAAACAAAAAAGGUCUCCUGGAGGAAACCUAUUCGCAAAAAUACCUACGAUAACUACGGACGUGGAGGGAACUCUUGUGUAUAGGUAGAGGCGUACGGCGUUCUGGCAAAUUUGGAAUUGGGCAUAAGGUCAAAGUUUCGCAAGC